AAAUAUUUCAACUGAAAGACCGUCAUUAUUCGCAACUCAUCUAUCCGUUUUUGAUUGUUUCGUGUGCUAUUGCUGUAUUUUAGUGAAAUCUAGGAGAAUUUCAAGCUUUCUGUUUUGCAACUAACAUAUUCCUCUGCGUAACAAUGCCUUGCUACACAGUGAAAGUCAAGUGGGGAAAAGAAACCUUUUCGAACGUCGAGGUCAACACGGACGAGGAACCAAUGCUUUUCAAGGCGCAGCUUUACGCGUUAACGGGAGUACAGCCAGAGAGGCAGAAGGUUCUCUGUAAAGGAAUCAGUCUAAAGGAUGACGAGUGGAAUAUGUCUAUCAAAAAUAGCGCUGUUCUAUUGCUGCUUGGAACAAGAGAGGAGGUUCCUCAGGAACCAGUGGAAAAGCCCAAAUUUAUUGAAGAUAUGAACGAAAGUGAACUGGCUUCUGCUUUGGAGUUGCCAGCCGGAUUGACAAAUCUGGGUAAUACAUGUUACAUGAAUGCCACACUUCAAUGUCUCAAAUCGGUCCGUGAACUACGUACCGCUUUGAAAGAUUUCAAGGAGACAUCGAGUGGUUCUACGGGGCUGACAGAUCUUGCAUCGCCUGGCGCCAUUACACUUUCUAUGCGGAACCUUUUCGAAGAUAUGGAAAGAAGUGAUACUGUUACACCAGUGUUGUUUCUACAGAGACUGCAUAUCGCAUUUCCGAAUUUUGCCCAAACUGGCGAGAAUGGAACUUAUCGGCAGCAGGACGCAAACGAGUGUUGGUCUGAGCUGCUGAAAAUGCUCCAGCAGAAGUUACCACCGACGAAAGGAGACUGUGAUCAAGUUGGCAAACAUAGUUCUUUUAUUGAUCAAUGGUUCGGAGGCACUUUUGAUGUUCAGAUGAAAUGUACCGAAGCGGACGAAGAACCUGUUAGCAAAUCCAAGGAAAAUUUUCUGCAGUUGAGUUGUUUUAUCUCUACCGAAGUCAAGUAUAUGCAUUCGGGAAUAAGAUUGAGACUGAAGGAGCAACUUACAAAAAGAUCCCCUACGUUAGAACGCGAUGCAGUGUACACUAAAACGUCCCUUAUAAGUCGUCUGCCGGCAUAUUUGACCGUUCAGUUCGUUCGGUUCCAGUAUAAGGGCAAGGAAGGAAUAAACGCUAAAGUUCUGAAGGACAUCAAAUUUCCGAUUGAGUUUGAUGCAUUCGAACUGUGCACACCGGAGCUUCAGACCAAACUGUCGCCGGUGCGAGCUAAAUUCAAGGAAAUUGAAGACGCAGAAUUGGAGCGCAAUCUCAAGGGAAAGAACAAAAGUAAGGCGGAACUUGAAAGCGAAAAGCCGAAAACAACUCCAAAGCCGUACUGUUUUGAAGAUGAUUUGGGAAGUAACAACAGCGGAUACUAUACACUGCAGGCCGUGCUGACUCACCAGGGCCGGUCUAGUUCUUCCGGUCAUUAUGUGGGUUGGGUCCGCCAGAAAGGAGACCAGUGGAUCAAGUUCGAUGAUGACUAUGUUUCCCCCGUCGACACGGAUGCAAUUUUGAAACUGUCCGGUGGAGGCGAUUGGCACUGCGCUUAUGUAUUAGUUUAUGGACCUAAGAUACUGGAACUACCAGCGGACGAGGAAAAGACUGUUACCGACGCUGCUGGCGGAGAUGGUAACCCGACGACAACGGAUACAGCGUCCAGCGAGAAAAUGACUGUCGAUUAAACUAUUCCACAAUCCGGAUAUUAGUUUUGUUGGGAGUGAGUGGAAUGGUUUCGUAUUCCGCGUUAUUCUGUAACUUCAUAUUUCCAUUUGGAUUUCUGCCACGACUGCAUAUUCGGGAAAAAUGACAAGUUAAUCGGUCGAUAGAUAGCGCUGAGAUGAACACCUUUUUUGAAAUAAAAUGAAGACAUUUGUUUAUUUAA